AUGCUACCUUUAUCACUACCGUUCCUAUCUUUCUACGUGGGUACCCUCAGCUUGGUCGCACCCGCAGUUGCGCAACAGGUGUUGCCCUACAAUCCUACCCGAGUCGCUCUGGCACAAGAUGGCUCUGUCGCGUACAUCUUGUCGCCGCAGCCUUCCUCGUCGCAGUUCUCUCUGUCCUUUCUCAAUACCUCGAACAGUAUCAACGCGGCGUCCUCGCCCACGCAACUCUUCGCCGCUCUACCAUUUCUAUCCAAUACAGCCUCCGAGGCAUUCGUGACCCUUCCGGACAAUGAGGGUAUAACUGUGCUAGCCGGGGACUGCAAGGAUUCCGCAAGAGAUCUUGGACUGUGGAGGUACACAUUCAGCAGCAACUCCAGAAACGGAACGUGGACUUCUCUGACAGUCACCACAACCGAUGGGACGCUGAGCCCCCAAUAUCUCGCCGCUGGCUUCACAUUCUCUCCGAACGCGUCCACUCAAGAUGCCUCGCUGUACAUUUUUGGAGGGAUGUGUCCCAACGACGGGUCCUCGAAUGCUACGGACUGGAUAUCGGAUGCCAGCUACUCAAACACAAUGCUUACAAUCGCCCCUGAUCCGGCCGCCGCCAAAAGCGCUCCUUAUCAGUUGUCAUUGACCGGAUCCAGAGCUCCGCCAAUUGCUGAAGCGGGACUGACCAUAACGCCUUUAACACCAACCUCUUCCAACAGCUCAGGCGCAGGCCUUUCACAACAGCAGAAUUUUGUCCUUUUGGGUGGCCACACUGAGAACGCCUUCAUCAACAUGUCUCAGCUCGCUAUAUAUUCACUACCUCAAGAAUCCUGGGCGUUCGUGGAAGCGGUGCAAGCGCCAACCACAGUUGAGCCACGGUCUGGCCACACCGCAGUCCUGACAGAGGAUGGCUCAAAGAUCGUGGUGCUUGGCGGUUGGGUGGGUGACACAGAUACACCGGCACAACCCCAACUGGUGGUCCUGGAACUCGGCCAGGGCUAUGGAGGGCAAGGAGAUUGGGCAUGGAGUGUUCCGACACCUUCCUCCACUCCGUUCGCAUCCGGCAAGGGUAUAUAUGGGCAUGGAGUAGCCAUGCUACCCGGCGGUGUUAUGAUGGUCUCUGGAGGGUAUCCGAUCAGCUCAUCUACGUCAAAAAGCAGACGGAGCCUGUUAGACGAUACGCUGUUCUUGAACACGACAUCCUUUGAGUGGACGACUACCUACAGCAACCCGUCCUCUGCAAGCUCGUCCCCUAGUUCGGCAAGUGCCCAGUCGUCGGCUUCUGGGCUCAAAGCUUCGGAGAAGGCUGGCUUGGGUGCAGGUCUAGGCCUAGGGCUUGCAGCAGUUGCGGUGGUGGUGAUUGUUUGGCUCAUAUACGCCCGAAGACUUCGAGCGAGGCGCGCCGUGCGUGAGAAGGAACUCCGAGAACUGGCUUUGGGAGCCGAACGUUAUCACUCGCCUGUUCCGUCCGACGAAGACCAACACCGGUACCCAGCGAUGCGGAGCGCAAGCUGGGCUGCAACUAUGGAACGCAAGAUUGAGAGCUCAGGUAAUCCAUACCCGUGGGCACCCUUUUCUGCGCCGGAGCACCAGGAUCACCGUGGCCAAGGCCUAGAGACUGGCGAGAGCAACAGCGCUCGGUAUGCUGAACGCACCGGUGUGCAGAUGGAGAUCCCCAGCCCCACCAGGGGAUUGAGAAAGAGUAUGAACCCUAGAGGUCCCAUGAUGUAUCAUCCUUUCAACCAGCACCCGCCAACGGGGCCAGGAGCAGUCUUCCGCAUCGAGGAAGAGGAUGAGGGUAGUCAAAACGGCUCCUUCAAGAGGACAAAGACUCCCAAGGCCACAGACGACAGAAAUCCAGCUCCAAGUGAUCCGUUUAAAGACCCACCGGUCGGUAUGGAUAGUACUCACCAUGACAACGCCGCAGCACAGCGCAAGAAAGAGGUGGAUAGCUGGGUUGACGAUUGGCAGUCAGUAGCCGAGACCAUGAGCCUGUCGAGGAGUACAAGUCAGGCGCAUAGCAGGACGUACUCGAACCUUUCCCAGUUUCGCAACCCGCCGACUGUUGGAGAAGUAGCAGGACGCGGCUCCCCUGAGAAGUCGGACAGGACUGGCAGCAAUCUCUCUGAAAAGAGUAUGGUGAGCACCUCUUCAUACUCAAGAUCCGUGGCUGGUACGCUAUCCCGAAACGUUUCUCAAAGGAGCGCCAGUGCAGGAUAUGGGCUCUUCUCGGGGGCCGCAGCAGCCAUGAGGGGGCUGGGCUAUGGGAGGCAGGGUUUUACUGAACAAGGCAGUGGUACGGGUCUCACACGUGCCCCAUCAAACCGCAGCGUAUCACUCAAUAUCGAUGCUAUGCGACCGACCAGCUCGAGGGAUGGCACGGACACGUUCUCGUCCGCCCGAAGCAAAUGGGGCGCGGCUGCGGCGGGAGAAGAUCAAGCACUCCUCAACCGGAAUCACCAAAGACAACAGGAUGACGAGCGUGACUAUCGAACGCUCCCCGACAGCCCAAGCAAAGAGAAGUACUCCCGAGCAGGCAGCCUUACUAGCUCCAGCAGACGAGCGUUGAACCUUCUGGGAAGCGUACGGCGGGUUUUCACGGGAACCGGAGGUGUCGAUGUGCAAGAUCGAGUUGCUACCUUCGAGUCCCAGAGCAGUCAGUCAAGUCCGACAAAACACUCGGGUCAGCCCGAAAUGACGGAAACGACACCGAAGAGAACACUUAGUGUCGGCACGUCGUCGUUCUGGCGCAGCAAACAGGGCGCCAAAGACUGGGAAGACGACUUGGCAGGCCCGAGCAAUACAGUGUCAUCGUCAACACUCCGCAGGAAGCCAGUGCCUGGAAUGAUAUUGAACGACGACCACGGGCCCCAAGAGGAUGACGAGGACUGGGACGUGGAGACGGCUGUGCAGAAACGUGUCGUUCAAGUCAUGUUCACCGUUCCCAAGGAGAAGCUGCGGGUGGUCAAUGCCGAUGCCCUGAGUCUGUUGAGCAGUAACCGAAGUGAAAUUGACCAGGACGAAGAGAAAGAGAGAGAGCAUAUCAAGAGGAUGAGCAGUGUGAGGGAAGGCGAUGAGGACAGCGGUCAUGACCUCCGCCUAAAUGACGAUACAAUGAAAGGCAAAGGAAAGGAGCGAGCACCUUGA